AAACUGACACCCUAAAGAACAAACAGGAUGCCUUCGGCAAGAUUUUGGGAUUCCAAUGAACUUUGGACAAUGCUAUAUGUGUGGACUGCAUUAAAUUUAUUGUUACAAGGUGCAUGCAGUUUUGUGAUCCACAAUCACAAUCACAGCUGGUGUUUGCGGGACUCCCUGGAGAAUGGGAGCCUGCAGCUCGAGCCCUGCAACCUGACAUCUGACCUCCAGCGUUGGCUCUGGGAGGAUGGCCAUGUCUUAGUCAAUGUUGGCACGGGGAGGUGCCUGUCUGGUUGGAGGGUCAAGGCCAUCCUCACCACCCCCUGCAUGGUAACAGUAGGCAAACAUGAUGGUGUUUUCCUUCGCUGGCGUUGUCACGGUAGCAGACUGACUAGCCAUGUUGGUCCCCUGGACAUGACCAGCAAUGGGAAGGUGGUGACCUGGGUCUCAAGAAAAGUGGUGAAUGCACCGGGACUCCUCGGUGAGGGAGAUGUCUGCAGUCCAAAGACAAGGUUCAACCGGGCAUCCGGUGACCCAGAUGACGUGCAGGCUGAAGACUCUGGGGAUGAUCAGCGAGGUGCUUCAAAGGGGGCCAUGACUGAGAAACAGAGGGCAUUCCUCCAGUGGUACUACCGUACCGAAGACCAAUCAUCCUGGAAGUAUGCCAUGUUGGCCAUAUCCUUUGGAGCUCUGCUACUGGGAAGUAUACUGUUGGUCAUGGGUCUGAUGGCAAACAGGAACAGGAAGAAGAUUGCCAGAUACAAGGCAGCAGCCCUGGCUGUGAGAAUGGAAGAGCUACAGCGUCUAGCCAGGGCGGAACAGGCCAACAGUAUUCUGUUCCACACUGACAGCCCUAAAGAGAUCCAGACUCCCAUGGAAAUUCCCCAGGACAACCAGUUAAAUGGAAAGGCCCAUAAAGACAUUCAAACCUUCAAGGAUGCUGCAACGGAAAGACCGUGGCUUGAUGACAAGGCCCCCCAGGAUAUCACAAUCCCCCAGGAGAUCCAAACACCUCAGGACAAUGAAAUCCCCCUGGAGAUCCAAACACCUCAGGAAAUCAAAAUCCCCCAGGAGGUCCAAAUACCUCAGGACACUGCAAUCCCCCAGGAGAUCCAAACACCUCAGGGCAUCAAAAUCCCCCAGGAGAUCCAAACACCUCAGGACAGUGGCCAAACAGAAGUCCUCAGACCUGCAGACACUGUUACCAAAGACACAGAUGGGAACAUGUUUUAAUGAAACUUAAUUUACAAGGAUGACCUUUGACCUGAAUGGUGGCUGUGAACUAGACACAUAUGAACAAUAACUGGAAGGCUUUUUCAUUCUCGUGACAAUUUUAAAUGGAGUGGAAAAAAAGAGGUAAUUUUAAAAGGUCACACUUUCCUUGGCAUUGUGUGAUUCUUCAUUCUUCAAGGCAGUCAUGUACUGAUGUGACAAAAUCAGCUGCUGUAAUAAAAGAUACUGCAAAAGGGGUCUGUAUGUACCUGUGAACAUAAUUAUUCUGAAUCCAAAUUGUGCAUGCUUUUCUUUACAUGAAAUAAAUUGCAACAUGCAAAAUU